CAGCUGUGAAGGCUUAUGUGUCUGAUUUCUCAUGCUCUGGAUGCUGCAUGGAGCAGACUGCAGGGGGUGCUGGUGAAUCACUGCAGCAGCAGCAGCAGCAGCCUUGUCACAUGAUGUCAACUGUAAUUCAAAGUCCUGCUGAGAGCAAGAGAUCUUUAACAUAUUAAUAUAACAUGUUCUCGACUAUUUGAGACUGAAUUUAAUUUAUCCUCAGAGUCGUGUUGGAGUCAGGCAAUGCUUUCAGAGACAACAGGGAACCCUCUGUCUUCAGCUGUUCUCAAGACACUUGUCAAACCCACUGACAUUUCUGUAAAGGCAUCAUCUUUAACCUCCUUUGUCAGAACCACUUUGCCUCUGCUGAUUCUUCUUAGAAACCACUCUGCACACUGCUGUUGUAUUAUGCAACCCGCUACCUUAUCUGAACCCACACUGUUGGCUCUUAAAUCUCUUACAUAAAAUGAAUUGAUCUCAUUAAAGAGAUGUUAACAUAGUAUGUCCUCUUCUCUGUAUGAAUAUUGUGUUUUAAUUUUUUUCUUGGAAUAAUAAAGACAACAAAUUGACAUUAAUUAACAAUGAACACUUGUGGCAUUUCAUACUCCUAUUUCUGUGAUAUCUUUCUGAUCAAACUUGUUUUUAUAAGCUGCUGUAACUUGGAUGGUGUAGCGUUUAAUGUUGUCAAGUGUUAGAGGGCAUCUCUGUCAAUCCGUCAACAUUUGCAUCUCAAUAGUGAAGGGAGACAGAUUUCCUAUACAUUUCAAUAGACAGGGACCGGCAGAUGAGGCUGCUGACUGAUCCCAGGCCUGCUCACUCACUACAUGCAAGCGGACGUGCGUCGCAUAGACGAGACGCUGCUGUAGCUGUGUGAUAGACCCGUGCGGUCGCUUCCACCCCUGCGAGCUUCCGACCUCCCCAUCGGCUUCUUACUAACAUGUUUGCUUUUGCAGGCUACGCAGCCAUAGAACUAAUAUUGUAGCUGUCGCGGCUGAGGCUGCGGGUGAGUAAUUGCGCCAUGCUUCCGCUCCACACCGCCUGCUUUUUUAUUCCUCGAGACGAACGGGAAACCUCCGCCAUCAGUGGAAAUUGAGAUGUGUUUUCUGAGCCGCUCGUCUGCUGAACGGAUGCCUUCCGAGAUGGUGUGUGAACCCAAACCUGGUUGUCUCUGUUCAGCAGAGGCUGGGUCAACAGACAGGGAUGCUUUCUGUGCCGGACACUUGUGAGAUGAAGGAUAAGAAGAAAAAGAAGAAAUAGUGAAUGAUUUGUGUUUGGUUUUUUUGGUGGGGAUCAGUGCACAUCGGGAUGGAUGUGAUCCGACGUUGAACGGAUGCUUCUGAGUGGAAUUUAUUCCUGACUGUUUUUUUUUCUGUUCAAAGGGGCAGUGGAUCGUGAUGAUGGUUUAUUUCCAUUCAGCCCUGGCAGGAUACUACCGUUCGUCGGUGAAUUGAUGUGGGAAUACACGCUACCUCGGCUGCAUAGAUGGCAAACACAAGUGAGUUUGGGGAGAGCAGCCCGUCCUUCCACAACUAUGCGUCCAUGGCCUCUGCGGUCAAGCUGGCCUCCCUGGGUCUAAUCAUGGGCAUCAGUCUGCUGGGCAACGCGUCGCUGUCGCUGCUGCUGCUGAAGGACAGCUCGCUGCACAAGGCUCCUUACUAUUUCCUCCUGGACCUGUGCCUGGCAGACGUGGUCCGCUCUGCCGUAUGUUUCCCCUUCGUGAUGGCGUCGAUCAGCGGCGGCUCCUCUUGGCCGUACAGCGCGCUCAGCUGCAAGAUCGUCGCCUUCAUGUCGGUGCUCUUCUGCUUCCACGUCGCCUUCCUGCUCUUCUGCGUCAGCGUCACCCGGUACAUGGCGAUCGCCCACCACAGGUUUUACUCCAAGCGGAUGAAUCUGUGUACGUGCGUGGCGGUGAUCUGCAUGGUGUGGACUCUCUCCGUGGCCAUGGCUUUCCCCCCGGUCUUCGACGUUGGCACCUACAAGUUCAUCCGUGAGGAGGAGCAGUGCAUCUUCGAGCACCGCUACGUGAAGGCGAACGACACUCUGGGCUUCAUGCUGAUGCUGGCCGUCAUCGUGGGCACGACCCAUGUGGUUUACAUAAAGAUGCUGUGCUUCGUCUACGAUCACCGUAAAAUGAAACCGGCCCAGCUGGUCCCGGCCAUCAGCCAGAACUGGACCUUUCACGGCCCCGGAGCCACCGGGCAGGCCGCCGCCAACUGGAUCGCCGGCUUCGGCCGCGGACCCACCCCGCCGACGCUGGUCGGCAUCAGGCAAGCUUCCCACCCCGGCAACAGGAGGCUGCUGGUGCUGGACGAGUUUAAGAUGGAGAAGCGCAUCGGGAAGAUGUACUACAUGAUCACACUGACCUUCCUCAUCCUGUGGGCUCCCUAUAUAAGCGCCUGCUACCUGAGAAUAUUUGUGCGGGCGGCUUCGGUCCCGCAGCUCUACCUGACCGCUGCGGUGUGGAUGAGCUUCGCCCAGGCGGGAGCGAACCCCAUCAUCAGCUUCCUGUUCAACAAGGAGCUCCGGAUGCGGCUCAGAGCGUGUUUCCCCUGCUGCCUGGGCACACAGACACCCAUGGAGCCAUACUGUGUCAUCUGAACCGCACCGGCCCCCGGAUACUGCCAAAGACACAUUUGUAUCUUUCCCCAGAAUGUAGACUGGUCCCCAAAACGGGAUUUUGUGGAGGCUGAGCCCACUUCAGUUCAGUUUACCCACAUGUUUUAUUUGUGGCAAAGAGUUUACUAUUUAAAUCUGAUUAAAAACACUAUGGUGUUAAUUUCUUACUAUAUUUUGCUUAUCAGAAUCAGACUGAUAAAAGCUAUGAGGCAUAUGAAGGCACAGAAGCAUAAUGUGAUGCUUUUAUAUGAUGUGUUUGAGGUUGACUGCCUCACCAACUGGGCAUCAUGAUUAAGCCACGUUUUGAUUUACACCUCUGCAUGUACUUUAGGUGACAUUCAGUCCAAAUAUAGGAUAUAGCCCACAUGACAAACAAAUGUGUCAUGCUAUGUCCUAUGUUUGGAGACUUUUUCCCUAUAUAGGCUGUAUAUCAAACUAUUUUGGUCCACUACUAUAUUGUACAUGAAUGUCAUUUUGGCUAUUUGUUUGUAUAUUUUGAAAUUAUACUACAAUACACCUGUCUUGAGGUUGUUUGCCUUCUGCAGAACUGAUGACCGAAACACAACAGAAUUAUUUCAUCAGUUGGUUGGAGUCCGUGUCUUUGACAUCUGCGACAUACUCGGUUACAAAUCAUUUCAGUUCCAAAAAUGAGAUACAGAUCUCAUAUAUUUUUAAUUAGGACAAUGUCAGAUUUGUAAAUACUGUAAAGCCCCAUUCCCUCUUUCCUCAUGCUUUUUUUUUUAUUUUUAUACCAGCUAUGUUGUAUGUUUCAUAAUCUCUUCAAAUUCUUUGUGUUGAACAAAGUAUUAAAACCCACUUUAAAGGUAUUUUGCUAAUUCUUACUCACCGUUAUGGGUCAGUUGUGUUGAGAAAUAGGUCGAUUCACAUUCCCUGCAGGCUACAUAGAUAACAGGUCUCAUUUUUCUACAAAUAUGGACAUUGGGAAAAAUGUUAAAAAUUUGGUGCUUUGGAAAGGAUGUUUGCAUUGUUUGUAUUUCUUAGAAAAUAAAUGAGAAAUGGAUGAUAAGUUGUUUUGGACUCUAUCAUCUGUUUUUAAUAAGA